GCUUCAUCGGCAGAUAAUACCGAUAACAACCGCCGAGCGCUCUAUAUAGAGCCAAAACACAAGCCAAAAGCUUGAAGUAGGGGCACUUUAGGUCCGGGUUUUGGGGCCCUGGAGGACGGCUAGCCGCGUUUUUCGCGCGGAUUUUUGUACCGAGCCCUGCACCGGGUCGAUUACGACCCCGCGGAGGUGGUUUGGGGCUGGGGGCGACCGCCUCUGAUUUAAGGGAAUUUAUUUCGUGACGAAAAAUGGCCUCGGGAUGGGCAACGGUACACUAAAUCGACCCGAGGUGAGCCCUUAGCCCGCGGGAUAGCUCCGAUGACACCCGGCGAUAGCUGGUGCAACUCAUACCCGCCCAGGUGGGGAGGGUGUGCGUGCGGCCCGGCAGUAGGCUUAUCGGCUCGGGGGUUCGUACGGGAACAAGAACUUGCACCAUACAGCUCCACAGCUCAACAGAAGCACCCUCGGGGACCACAUAGCUUCCCCGCUCCUCGGAGGCGUCGUAGGAGACCAUUUCAAGAAAUGUGAAUUUUGGCCGCUUGUUCGAUGGCUUUUGCGGCUCCAGCGCGGAGUCAAAACGCGAGAGGCCCGAUCCGGGCACGAUUCCGCCGGCUAGAGGGACACAUUCGCUCGAGGGGGAUGGCGGUCACCGACGGUGGGGAGCUCGUAACGGCGGAUAACGGGGGCGACAAUAUUUUGGCUUUCCACGCCAUCGCCGCGAUUCCCAUCAGGAAAGCCUCAACCAACUCGAAAGGUCACCACGCGGUGGUAUGAAUAGUAUCGAUGCCUCGGGUACCGCGUUUUCGACCAGGGUGCUGCUACGUGGCUUUCCAAAGCCUCGACAGAAGCGCCGCACAAACGGCUUCGCGCCGAGCCGUUAUGACCUGCCCAUCGUCGGUCGUGUCCAUUUUCCUACAGCGCAGGUGUUGGCGUCAUCGCUGAAACACCCCCUGAACACCCCAUCUCGCGUCUCGAGAUCGUAAUCAUGGUAAUGCUAAGCUGCUGGUUUUGGCGUGCUGGUGGUCCGUGAGCGCUGCGGUUGGUUCUCUCUUUCUCGGCAGGGCUGCAGCGAUGCAGGGUGAGCACUGCUAUGUACUCACAUCUCUCCUAAUCGUCUACGCUGGCCAGCACGCAGCGUUUAAAGACGAAAUCGGGCCAUCCAGAGCUCGUCUCGACGCGAGAGCCGAUUCGCGCAAAGGAGCUAUAACUUUGCGGAGGCGUCGCCGGAGCCCGUCCGACAGCCCUCGAGGCCUAGGGGGAGCUAUAGUCUCGUUUUCCUUUUGUUUGCUAAACCUGUUUUGUCUUAAAGUGCCCCUACUUGAAGAAGGUCUGGCCUCAAAGCGCCAUACGCUAACGCGGCUAAGAUGGCGGCGGUCACAGUCGACGGGACGGUCGUCGAAGAAGAGAAGGUCGACCUGGAGAUUCCUCAGGAGAAGGUCGACGUCAAGAAGGCGGACGAGGCGGAGCCCGAGAGCGCCGGCGGCUGCGACGUCUGCUUGCCGCCGAACGGGCUCAUCGGAUGCGGCGCCUACGAUUAUAAAUAUCUCUGCCUGCCGUCGAUGCCCUGGUCGCGCGGCGGCGUCGCGCCGCCCCAGUUCCUUGGGAAGGACGCCCGCUUACCGCUACUCCUCGCGCUCGUGAUGGGCUUCCAGCACGCGCUGGCCAUGGUCGCGGGCAUCGCCACGUCCGGCGGCAUGCUCAUCGCUGGCGACACGUGCUUCCCGUGGCAGUACGACAGCGCCAUGUGCGAGGCCCAGAAUUACCUCGUCAGCGCCGCCUGGAUCACGUCCGGCAUCCUCACGAUCAUCCAGGUCUUCCGCGCAAAGAUACGGGGCACGCCCUACUAUUUGGGUACGGGCCUGCUCUCGGUCAUGGGUACCUCUUUUACCUUCCUACCGAUCGCGAGAGAGAUGGUCGCCCGCUGUGUGGAAAUCAAAAUUUUACGGCGCGUUCAAUCGUCACGUCGUCCUCCACGCCAUCGACGCGACGCCUGCUCGAUGGCGUGGCGAUGCCGGUUCCUCGCCGCUCGACCGAGCCAGGACGGCCGCGUCAUCGCCAAGAAUUGUCGGGUACGCGCCGGCGACGUGCGAGGUCAACGGCUACACGUGGUGCGGACCCAGCGUUGCGUCGAGCUCCACGCCAUCGAUGCGACCCGCUCCGCUCGCAGGCCGUCGGACGCCAACGACUUCGACACGACGUGUGCCGCUGUGUCGGGCGUCUUCACGCCGGCCGUGACCGAGUCCGAGACGACGCGCACAUGCGCGAACGACAACGGCCGCUGCUGCAACCACUACAACAAGCGCGAGGACUCGCACCGCACGACUCUGAUCAUCCUCCUCAAGACUCCGUAUGCGAUAGGCACGAUCGCCGCGCUCUUCCUCCACCUGUUGCUGCCCGAGGACCGCGUCCUAGACGAGGAGAAGGAGCACUACCCGCGGGCCUUCUCGGACGGCGAGAUCGCCUACGAGACCUGA